CUCCACCCCCCAAAAGAGGAAGGCACUAUAUAAAUGAUUGCAAGGUGUUUCUGUGCCAUACCUAAAGGACUGUUACAGCUGUUAUUCCAUGCUAUCUCCUUUUUUUUUUUCCCUAAUGGAGCUGUUCCUGACUUAAUUUCAAAGCCUUUUUUGUACUUUUUUGUACAUACAUAUUUUCUAAAAUGUAAAUGCCUGCCUCCCACCUGCCAUUGUAAAAGGGAAGUGUACACUCUGAAAACUUAGUUAUGCCAGAGAGAAUUUUUUAACUGUACUCUCCAGCUUCCUGUGCCAUCAUUUUCACUGCAGCAGUGGAGAUUAAACAGAUACCAGACAGAAGUAUUUCCUCUCAGCAAAGGAAGGUGCCUGCAGCUUGUAUAGCUCUGACCACUCAAGAAAUCCUGCCAUAAAUGAACAACUCAUCAUGUCUUCAGCCAUCGCCAGCUACCACCGUAGCUCUCCCCAUCCUCUACUCCUGCCUGUUUCCAGCUGGAAUCUUUGGGAACAUUCUGAGUGCCUGGAUAUUUUCACGGAAAGUGCACACCCGGAGGACACAGUACAUUUACCUGGCCAACCUGGUGAUUGCAAAUCUGCUGGUUUGCAGCACCAUGCCCUUCCUGGCCACCUACUUUGCGGACGGGCACCGCUGGCCCUACGAGUCAGCGGCGUGCAGGAUCGCCCAUCACCUGGGCACGCUGGUGAUGCACGUCAGCAUGUACGUGACCAUCACCAUCCUGUGCUCCAUCGCCCUCAGCCAGUACGCCACGCUGAAGAAGAACUGUGGCACACAACGCUCCCCAGCUCUGCCAGGAACCUUCCAGGGGCGCCUGCUGCACAGCUUCCGGCGGCCAAAGUUCGCUAAAUAUUUGUGCGUCGUUAUCUGGCUGACUGUGCUCUGCAUAACAGUCACAGCCAUCACCUACAACGCCCAGGAGAAGGUUUCAGGAGAGUUCCCCACCUGCUACAACGUCAGGGUAGAAGCUGGUGAACGUCCUGUAAUGAUUGCAGCUUAUCUUGCCACUGUGUGCUUUUUUCUGUCUUUUAUGACCGUUUUGUGGUCGUACUAUUCUCUUACCAGACAUCUGAGCAGAAUACAAAAAAACACCUGUAUUGGAGAAAAACAUCUAAUUUACAGAACAGUGAAAAGAAAUAUUCUUGUCAUCCAGAUGAUAUUAACUGUCUGUUUUCUUCCAUACCAUAUUUUUAGGCCAAUUUUCUAUGUACUGCUUACAGACAAUGACUGUCCAAGGUUGAACUAUCUAGUGGAAAUUAAAAAUGUCCUUACUUGUCUUGCUGCCACUAAAAGCAGUUUAGAUCCAGUUAUAUCCCUUCUGUUAGAUAAAACAUUUAAGAAAAGUCUUUAUGACCUGUUUACAAAAUCCACACCAGAACAUUAAAAAUGCAAUAUUGAUAUUUUCACUGAAAUGGGAAGGAAUAUUGAAAGAUUUUCAUAGACUAUAAAUAAUAAUAAACAAAUUUUAACUAACUUUAGGCAGGCUUUGAUAUAA